UGACCCGGAUUGAUAACUUUGGCCGCCGAAGAUCGAUUUUGCGUGAAAUGCCUGUUAUGUCGCAUGUCGUUAUUUUCUACCGAACGAGCGAGAAUAAGUUGCCAAGAUUUCGCUGAAAUCGAUUAAGACGGUGCAGGUUCACACCCGCCGCUCCUUCCAUACCAUGAACACGAGAUCUCGGGGAGGAUUACUCGUUAUUUCCGGCAACUCUCAUCCGGAGCUGUCGCGACUAGUUGCCGCUCGACUUGGUGUUGAUCUAGGAAAUGUAGAAGUUUACCUGCAGGAUAACAAAGAAACCAAUGUUGACAUCAAUGAGUCGGUUCGAGGCAAAGACGUCUUCAUCAUUCAGACGGGAGCCAAGGAUGUCAACAAUGCCAUCAUGGAGAUGCUGAUCAUGACCUAUGCCUGCAAGACGUCCAGCGCCAACUCCAUCGUUGGUGUCAUUCCCUACCUGCCCUACAGCAAGCAGAGCCAGAUGAGGAAACGGGGCUCCAUUGUGGCCAAACUGCUGGCCACCAUGCUGUGUAGAGCAGGCAUGGACCACGUCAUCACCAUGGACCUCCAUCACAAAGAGAUCCAAGGAUUCUUUGAUGUUCCAGUAGAUAAUCUCCGAGCCUCCCCCUUCCUUCUGCAGUACAUCCAAGAAAAUAUACCGGACUGGCGGAAUGCUGUCAUUGUGGCCAGGAACCCUGGCUCAGCCCAGCGAGCCACGUCGUUUGCUGAGCGACUGCGGCUUGGCCUGGCUGUCAUCCACGGAGAACAGAAAGUCCCUGAACAAGACAAGAUUGACGGACGGCACUCACCGCCCACCGUCAGGACUUUCUCUGGCCAUAGCCUUGACAUGUUACCAUUAUUUACACCGAAAGAGAAACCCCCUAUCGACGUUGUCGGGGAUGUUGGAGGUCGCAUCGCCAUCAUUGUUGAUGACAUGAUCGAUGAAGCUGAGUCCUUUGUGGCUGCCGCUGAUGUCCUCAAAGAAAGAGGCGCCUACAAGAUCUACGUGAUGGCCACCCAUGGCAUUCUGUCAGCUGACGCCCCCAAGAAGAUAGAAGAAUCCUGCAUUGACGAGGUGGUCAUCACCAACACCUUGCCCCACGAACUCAAACGGUUCCAGUGCACCAAGGUGCGCUCCGUGGACAUCAGUCUGGUCAUCGCCGAGUCCAUACGUCGCAUCCACUACGGCGAAUCCAUGUCCUACUUGUUCAAAAAUGUUCCCAAUGAGGAUUAGCCAAAUAUUUUGUGGCAAGUUUUUUUUUAUUUGAAGAUGGAAAGACACCAUCUUGGACUUUAUUGUAAGUGAUUGGAAGAAAGAUUUAGGAGUGAAAUUCCCAAGACUAGUGCUCAGUCACGAAACCAUCUUCAUUUUUCUGCUAAAGAAAAUAUUCCAUGCUAAUCCCAAGGCCAUGCCAAGUGUAAAUUUUCAUAAGUAGACCCUCAAAUUACAAGUCGGAAAAGACACUGUGCCCUUAAUUUGGCAUGAUCUCUUCAGUUGUGAUGGACUGCUGCUGUAACUAGGUCUUAACAGGUAUUCGUAAAUACCUGGGACAGUUUUUCUAUUCCUAUUGGUUGAAACAAGUCAUUUGACCAUGUAUUAACAUUUGAUAUUGCCCACCGAGGGGUGAUAGUGUGUAAAUCACGCACUGGCACGUGGAUAUGAGAUAGUUUAAUCAAGUCAUUAAAAAAAUUCUAUUGGACAACUUUCAAAAGGAAUAUACCAUAAAAUGGACGGGGGGUGUUCGAGAAAAUGAAAGUAAAAUUUUAGGACAAAAUCAUCGGAAAUCCAUCACAUGUUGAAUUCUUUUGUCUCUCUGAAUUAAAAGGGAAUUAUGAAUGGGAAUAAAAUAUGCUUGGCUGGUCUUAAACUAACAUUUAAGAUCGACCAGUCCCGUACUGCGUAAGUUGGCACUCAGCUAACCUGUGCUAUAUUAAGGGAAUAAAUAUGUGCUUAACCGGUCUUCAACUAAUGUUAAGACUGGCUUAGGAGACUGAACGCUGAUAAUGCCCUCAUCUGCAGCUCAGACAUUAGUCGCGUCCAUUCUUCUGAGCUAGUCUUAAAUGCACAUUUAAGACCAGCCAAGCACAUAUUUAUUCCCUUAAUACAGCACAGGUUAGCUUUAUGCCAACUUAUGCAGUACGUUACACGCAUACAAAUCUCCAAAUAAGGAGAUUGUUCAUGACUCUCUUAAGAGGAACAUACCAUAGCAUAGCAAGAGGAGUGUUUGAAAAAAAAUGAAAUAGAAUUGUUGAACCAAA